AUGGCAGCCGCAGACGGCUAUCUGUUGGCGUCUAUGCCUGAUGCCCGCCUUUUCAGCUUCCCUCCUACGGAUGCGCCGACGCCCCUGUCGCCAGCUCCAGAGGCCAUCUCCCUCAUGCGACCCUUCAACAUACCCGGUGGCAUCUACCAGGGCGCUCUCGACGCCAGAGUGCCUCUGACCAUUGCCGCUCUCUACGCCGUUGCAGCCAAAGCCCUCAACAAGCUCAACGCGUCGCGGAACAAGAAGCCCUGGGCCGUGAGCAGAACAAGGCCAUUCUUCGCCUUUGUCGUCUUGCACAAUGUUCUCCUCGCAGUCUACUCCGCUUGGACGUUUUGGGGCAUGCUGGGCGCCAUGCGACGGAGCUUCGUGAGCCCGUUUGGACCCGGCGGCAUCGCCGCCUCGGCCGACAGCCUGUGUCGCAUCCACGGCCCCCCCGGCGGUGGGAGCUCCCUCUACUUUGACGACGUUUCUGGCCGCUGGGACAGCGCGGUGCCCGACUCCCUGCUCGCCGGCCUGGACGGGAACCAACCCAGCAACACGCAGAUGGGCCGCAUCUGGAACGAGGGCCUCAACUACUACGGCUGGAUUUUCUACCUCAGCAAGUUCUACGAGGUGCUCGACACCUUCAUCAUUCUUGCCAAGGGAAAAUUCAGCUCCACCUUGCAGACGUACCACCACGCCGGCGCCAUGCUCUGCAUGUGGGCCGGCAUGCGGUACAUGUCUGCUCCCAUCUGGGUCUUUGUUGUCUUCAACUCGUUCAUCCACGCCCUCAUGUACACCUACUACACCCUGACGGCCUUUUCCGUCCGCGUGCCUGUGGCUGUCAAGCGAACCCUGACGAGCAUGCAAAUCACCCAAUUCCUGGUCGGCGCCACCACCGCCAUGGCACACUCCUUUGUCACCUACGUGCUUCCCAUCAACGUCACGAGGGUUGCCACGGAGCCUGGCCGUUUGUCUACCGCUGCUCCCAAAUCCGUCAUGCCCGCGGCUACGGAUGCCUUGGACUCGCUCAAGAAGCUGGUCUUUGGUUCCGUGGCCCAGGAACCCGCUGCUGCUGCCGCCGCCGCUGCCCCCGGCGCUGCCACGAAAGCAGCGCUCAUUGCCGAAACCUCCUACGUCGCCCAGCCUUGCAUUGCCACGGCAAACGAGACAUUUGCCAUAUGGGUCAACGUCUUGUACCUAGCUCCUCUGACGUACCUCUUUGUCAGCUUCUUCAUUGCCAGCUACGUCAAGCGAAGCACAGCCAACAACAACAACAACAACAACAACAACAACAACAACAACAAGGCGGCGGGGAAGGCCAGCCGUCGCCUUAGCAAUGUGGCUCUGGCCGAAAAGGCGGGCUGGGACGCUGCUCGUGGUCUGGAGCGAGAGGUCUAUGGUGGGGAGAACAUGGUUGUGAAUGGGCGCGUCGAUUCCGUCGAUUCCGACCAAGCGGUUUCCAAAAAGGCGAACGGGCGCCCGAGGCGACGAGCCUGA